AUGCAUGAAGAAACAGUUAAGAAAAAUGAAAAGGCAUUCAACAAGGCGUACAACUCUUGGAAGGAGCUAGCAAAAGAAAUUAGGAUGAAGCUAAAGAAUUUCUGCUCUACUGAAGACCUUGAUACAAAACUGAAGGAGAUUAAAGCCAAAGAAGCGUUAGUACACCAACAGUAUGAGUCCAUUUGCCGCAAUCAUUCCACUACCCAAUACGUUGUUAAGAGAAUGGAUGCAUGCACCGCCUUAACAGCUGAAAUCUGCGACCUCACCAGCAAACGGCUAGAGAAUGUAGACGGAAUCUUUGAUGAUCAACAUGAGAAGGAAAGAGUGAGGAUGUCAACAUGA